CUUUAUUUAAUAUUUAAUAUUUUAACAGUUUAAUCAUACAACUAUGGUUUUACUAUUUAUUUUGUUGGGCAUUUUACAAGGAUAUGCUCAUUCGUCUGCCAAAACACCAAGUUCUGUAGUCCUCACAAAUAUGAAUAAUAGCUCAUAUUCAACUGCAUCUGAAGUUACACCUGUUGUGAGUUCAGGGUCUUGGACUACCAAACUUCGUGACUGGCUCAUUUAUUUGCUUAGUCUGCUAACAAAAGUUUUCGGUCCUCACAGCGAGUUCAUCCAAAAUGGGUCUAGUUGACAAGACGAAUGCUGUCCUUUAUUCAUCCUUGCCAUUGCGUCUGCAUCAGUAUAACUUUAUAAACUGUUCAUAAAUUAUAUACAUCUCUUCUACAUUUAUGAACAUGAAGAAAAGUACUGGAACUCAUAGUUUGUUCUUUGAACAAAAAUCUAAUUGUUAUCCAGAUAUAUUUUGGUUACUGUAUCCUACUUUAUAGACAUCAUAUAAAAGAAAACUGAUUUAACAGAUAUUUAUUUAACUUUACAAUUAAUCUCUGAAACUAACUUUUUUCUAACUCUACAGAACAUCCGUUUCGUAAGUACUGAUGAUAUUUGUGUCAUAUAUGCUAAUUAAAAUAUCACUGUCAAAGAACAAGCACCAACAACUACAUUAUACAUUGAUCAGUUUAUGCUACGUUGAUUCGGAUUAUUAUUAGUGAUAUAACUGCAUAACUAAUCAUUAAAAUAAUUUUUUUCGUUUCAGCCUGACUAAUCUAUUCAGGUGCCUUUAUGAAAAGUAUACAACUUUGCGUUAUACAAGUUACAAAAAAG